AUGGGUGUAGGCAACAAGCGCACGUUGACCAAGACGCGGAGGAAGACGAGGGACGUCGAUCAGAUAAAGGCCGACAUGCUCUCUCCCCGGCACCUGCGACAAUGGAAGGAUACCAAGGCGCCAGAAGAUCUCCCUGGCAUGGGCCAGCACUACUGUGUCGAAUGCGCCAAGUGGUUCGAUACCGAGGUCAGCCUUGCUGGUCACCAGAAGGGAAAGCCUCAUAAGCGCAGGGUCAAGCAGCUGAACGAGGAGCCCUACACUCAGAAGGACGCGGAGGCCGUCGUCGGCCUCCGGACGGAUAACAAAGGUCCCAACAAAAGCGGUCCCGAGCGGGCGCUUGAUCAGGAGAUUGAGAUGGAGACCUGA